CAAAAAAUUGGAAAGCCUACGAUGAAACUCGCUCUCGCAUUCGUGACCGUUUUGGCCACGGUCAGCCAACUCGAUGCUUCUGGCAUCGAAGUGCCAGCGUCGGGCACAGGUGCUCUGGCCAAAGACCUGCAGGAAUUCGUGAACUUGCUGAACGUGAACAAAGUGGUGGAGCUGACGAAGGUGUACCUAGCCAACGACAAAGAGUUCCAAUGGGUCAUCUCUUUCAUGCAGAGCGACGAUAUGAAGGAUUACCUGCAUGACUUGGCCGACAUGCCUCAGUUUAAAAAGUUACUCGACUACUUGAUGGCCAACGGACUCGACUCGUACAGCUUGUUAGAGUUCAUAAAUGACGCCAUGAAUCACAAACCGAAGAAAAUAUGGAGCAACUCCGGGCUGAAGAUUUCUGGUGGCCUCUCCGGCUACUUCAGUGAUCUCGUAGCCAACACGCCGGUGUACGGUUGGACCAACCUGUUCGAGUACAAGGUCGCCACCUCCAUAGUGUUCAAAAAUUUCGUAGACGAAAUCCUGUCUCCCCAGUACACCAACCUGUUCACGAGCACGUUUGACAACGAACAUUUCGCGAAUGUGUUAAAACAGCUCCAGUACCUCGACAUCGAUAGCGAAACUUUCCACACGAACUUCUCCACUUUGCUCGUCGUCAAGGCACUGAUUUAUCAGUAUGAAAGAAUACUCGUGUAG